AUCCACUCCCGGCAGAUAAAUAGCACUUUCCAUCAAUGUGUGUCCUCAGUUUUAGUUCCCAUCUCAGAGCAAGAACAACAAGACAAGACAAUCAGCUAAGAAAAUAAAAUAUCCACACUCAGAAUGGACGGACCCAACACCAAACCAUACCACAUCCCCACCGACGCCGUCUGGUUCGUCACCGGCUGCUCCUCAGGCAUCGGCCAAGCCCUCGUCCACCACAUCACAACCCACCACCCAACCCACCGCGUCGUCGCAACAGCCCGCAACCCAGCCAGCCUAUCCUUCCCAACCACCAAUCCUAACAUCCUCCCCCUAGCCCUCGACGUGACCUCCCCGACCUCCAUCGACGCCGCCCUGCAGAGAACCCUCGCCCACUUCCACCGCAUCGACAUCCUGGUCAACAACGCCGGCUACACGCUGGUGGGCGACACCGAAGCCGCCUCCGACGGCGAGGCGCGCGCCCUCCUGGACACCAACUUCUGGGGCGUGGUGGACCUCACCAAGCGCAUGCUGCGGAUCAUGCGCGAGGAAAACUCCAGAGGCGGUGGUGUACAGGGCGGCGUGAUCCUGAACGUCAGCUCGAUGGGCGGGUUCAUCGGGUUCCCGGGGAGUGCGUUCUACCACGCCAGCAAGUUCGCGGUGGAAGGGUUCACCGAGACGGUGGCUAGGGAGUUGCCGGUGGAGUGGAACAUCCACCUCAGCAACAUCGAACCCGGCGGCGUGAAGACCAACUACGCCACGACCAGCCUCAAGACCAUGGUCAACGGGCGCCAUCCGGCGUACGACCACCCAGGGUAUCCGGUGAAUGCGCUGUUGGCGUACAUGGGCCAAGAAGAAAACUGGCGGACGUGGGCGGAGCCCCAGGCGAUUGCACGGGCGAUGGUCGAGAUUGUGAGUCGUGGGCGGAGGAUUCCCAUUCGCGUGCCCCUCGGUGCGGACUCUUUUGGGUUGAUUUCGAUGGAGUUGGAGAGUGUCAGGAAGGAUUUGGAGGAGGUGAGGGAGGUGAGUUUGGGGGUCGGGGAGACGGAGCAGUUGGAUUCGCUUGGGUUUUUGCAGAGGGAGUAGUUGGGGUUCGGAAGGGUUUGUGGUUGGGGAGAUGGACUUCGUGUACUUAGGGAUGGUGUUGAUGUGAUGUUUGAGUUUGGGAAUGGACUCAUCUCAUCUUGUUGGUGCUUUGCUUGUGGGGUUGUUUGUACUCAUAAUUGGAGUGACGGAG